AUGGAGUAUACGUGUCCUUUGGUAGCCUUCUCUGCGAUUGCGAUCUUAGGGUUUGUCUCUGUAGUGGUUUUUGAAGCAUAUAAAAGAAGAAACAACCAUCAGCAUAUUGAAGUUCCAGCUAUUUUUGAGGAUCCUAGCUCAUUGAAACAGGUUCCUUGCCCACAUAUUGUUGAUCCAGCCACAAAGUAUAUUUCAUUGAUUAUUCCUGCAUUCAAUGAGGAGAAUAGGCUUCCAGGAGCUCUUGAUGAAACUAUAAAUUAUCUUCAACAACGUACUUUAAAGGAUCCAUCAUUUACAUAUGAGGUUGUAAUUAUUGAUGACGGGAGUGCUGAUGAGACAAAAAGAGUAGCUUUUGAAUUUGUGAGGAAAUACACAGUAGACAAGGUCAGGGUCAUUCUUCUAGGAAGAAAUCAUGGAAAAGGAGAAGCAAUCAGAAAAGGAAUGUUGCAUUCUCGUGGUGAACUACUUCUUAUGCUUGAUGCUGAUGGAGCAACUAAGAUCACCGACCUAGAAAAGCUUGAAAAUCAGAUUCAAGCUGUUGCCAAAAGCGAAUAUCACCAGGGAGAUUCAAGCAAUAGUGAUCCUAGAUUUAGAAUAUCUGAUAUCCCAGUUGCUGUAUUUGGUUCAAGAGCUCAUCUAGAGGAAAAAGCUUUAGCUACAAGGAAAUGGUACCGCAAUUUUUUGAUGAAGGGCUUCCAUCUUGUGGUUCUCUUGGCUGCUGGUCCUGGAAUUCGUGAUACACAGUGUGGUUUCAAGAUGUUCACUAGGGCUGCAGCCAGGAAGCUUUUUUCAAAUGUCCGCUUAAAAAGGUGGUGCUUUGAUGUUGAAUUAGUCUUUCUGUGCAAAUGGUUUAGGAUCCCAAUUUCAGAAGUUUCUGUGAAUUGGUCUGAGAUUCCAGGAUCCAAGGUUAAUCUUCUGAGUAUACCUAACAUGCUUUGGGAGCUUGUGCUCAUGACCGUGGGGUACAGGACCGGUAUGUGGAGAAUUUCUAAUUCUACUUGA